UCAAGAUUUUGUAACUGACAAGCCUUAUCCUUUUCCAAAAAAAAAACAUUGUCUUGGGCCAUUGCCAAAUGGAGUUAGAUGUGAUCAAUUUGCUCAAAUUAAUUUUAAAGGUAUCUUUUUUUCCAUAGAUAAUGGAGACAACUGUGUUAAAAUUGAAGACACUUUCUUUUUGCUUAGAAACAUUCUCAUUAUGGAUUUGUCUUCUGAACCAGUACUUGUUGUUGAGCGAUUUCUAACAUGUUAUGAUUUUUUUCAAUAUCCAUUAUUGUCCUCAAAAUUGAGCAUUUUUGAGGUGUCAAAUCUUUCUGGUAAAUUAGAGACAUUCAAUGUAUCAAAAAUUGAACAGAAAUGUGUUCUCUUACCAUACAAAAAGAGAUAUGUGCUGCUUCCUCUAAAUCACAAAGAACAAAAAUAUUAGAAUUUGUUUUAUCUAAUCCAUUUAAGUCUUUAAUUUUUAUGUAAAUACUGUGUAUUCAUAUUUGUUGCAAUUAGUAUAGUUUAUGUAUUUAAGUCUGUAUUAAAGUUAAAGAAUGUACCACCUUCUGGAAACUGUUGAGGAUAAUGUAAGGAUGGUGAUGGUGGUGCCAGAUGUGUGGCUGCUGGCUGGCAAAAAGCAAUGUUACUGGCCAAGCACACCAACUGCUGGAGAUGCAUGGGUGCGCAAUGCAAAGGAGCCAUGUGAGAGCUGGCAGAUUUUUACAUAUGAGAAAAUUCUGCACAGCAAUGUUUCCUAUGAAAAGAUAAAAUCACUCGAGAGAAAGGCUCUAGAUAAGAGUGAUGUUGAGAGCUCAGGAUCAGAGCCACAUCGGCAGUCACGGCCAACAAUUAGAUGGAGUCCCAAUGAUGAUUCUGAAUCAUCAGAAUCAUCACCUGCCAGGAAGAAGCAGUGCAGAGUCGUGGUGAGGCGGAGGUCAAGGUCACCUAUACCUUCCAUAAAAUAUUUGCCACAACCACCUGAAGCUUCCAAAGCUGUUCCAAAACCACCUGCAUCAUAUGCACAGUUUUCAGCGUCCCCUAGUUUUUCUGGCUUCACCCAGCAAAAUACAGAUCAGCUGAUGCCAUUUUUUAAAAAGAUUAUGGAAAACAAUGCAGAGCUGCUUGAAGAAAUCCGGCGCCUGCAUAGAAAAGUGGAUAGGCUUGAGGCUAAAUUGAAUGGUAUGGGAGAGGAUAUGCCAGAAACUAUCCAGAGCCUGCCAGAAGGGUACACCUUUCCUUUACAGUCAGUUGAGCAAAUGGUCAGCCUGGAUAGUUGUCUGAAUGACACAUCAGUACAGAAGAGGAUGAGUCUUUACCUCAGCAACUAUGGAGGUAAAAAUGCUCGGCAUGGUCUGUUCAGGGUUUUAAAAGAAUUAAUAUGUCCUCAGUUAUCAACUCUUUACUCAUUUGAAGGCAAAAAAGGAAAACUGAAAUUCAAUGACCUCCGGAACCUCAAGAUGACAAUUUUUGAUUCUAUACUAAGAUCUUUUAAAAAUUCUACUAUAAAAGAACUGGAAAAGGGGACAAGUGAAUGGCUUGCCAUGUCUGGUGACCGUGCAGGGGGGAGAAAAAGAAGAGAGGGCCCCAGCAAACAGCUACAGAAUCAUAAAGAGGCGGAGUGA